AUGUCAGAGGAUGAUGAUGAUGCAGUUGACCUGUGUACCGAGAGAAUGGCUGAAGCUCAGCUGUUUGGAUUACAGGACGAGUUCAGCUGCUCAAUGUGUUUGGACAUAUUUAGUGACCCCAUGUCACUGUCUUGUGGUCACAGUUUCUGUCUGAAGUGCCUCACUGACUACUGGGAUCAGAGCCAAGUGUGCAGCUGCCCUCAGUGCAGACACACCUUCACCACAAGGCCUGAGCUGCACAGAAAUACCGUGCUGAAUGAAGUCAUCAAGAAAUUGAAGAGGAUGGUAAUCAGUCCUCCUCCUUCUCCACUUCCUUCAUCUGAGAAUUAUGCUGGCCUUAGCGAUGUGGAGUGUGACAUCUGUACAGAGAAGACAUUCAGAGCAGUAAAGUCAUGUCUGACAUGUAUGGCCUCCUUCUGCCAGACUCACCUACAGCCCCAUCAUGAAGCAGCUGCCUUGAAGCAUCACAAGCUGACUGAUCCUGACAGAAAUCUAAAGGAGAAACUCUGUGUAAAACAUCAGAAAAGUUUGGAAAUAUAUUGCAAAACUGACAAGAUAUGCAUCUGCCCAAUCUGUGGGGUGAGUGAACACAAUGGUCAUAAAAUGGUAGAACUGGAUACUGAAAGAAAAGAAAAAGAGAAGCACUUGGGGGCGACACUGAGUGAAAUCAGGAGAAGAGUUGAGGAGAGAAAGAAGACACUGAAGGACACGAAGAGGAUGAUGGAGCAGAUAAAG